UGCAGCAAAGAGUUGAUUACCAGCGGCCUCUGUCUUCUAUUACGUCCUCAGAGAGGCUUUCAAACACGGUGACUCCGCAGUCAGCGGCAUUGAGUAGAAACCUACUGACCAGACAAGAUGAGCGGAAGAGGCAAAGGAGGAAAAGGACUCGGGAAAGGAGGCGCCAAGCGGCACCGGAAAGUUCUCCGUGAUAACAUCCAGGGAAUCACCAAGCCCGCCAUCCGCCGCCUGGCUCGCCGCGGCGGAGUGAAGCGUAUCUCCGGCCUGAUCUACGAGGAGACCCGCGGUGUGUUGAAGGUGUUUCUGGAGAACGUGAUCCGUGACGCCGUCACCUACACCGAGCACGCCAAGAGGAAGACCGUGACCGCCAUGGACGUGGUGUACGCUCUCAAGAGGCAGGGCCGCACCCUGUACGGCUUCGGUGGUUAAAGUCCUUCACACCAGCACCACAA